AUGAAGCUUUCUGCUGUAGUACUCUGUACUAUGUGCGUCGGGGUAGCGGCAGCUGUCUCCUGUGAUGAUAUUUACCCUCAGUCGGCUGCAUUUUUUGGUUCAAUGGGCUGCGCAUCGGCCCUUGUUUUUGCCAACCUUGGUUCGGCCUACGGGACGGCGAAGGCGGGGGUGGGUGUCGCGCACCUUGGCAUCCUUCACGCGGAUCGAAUCAUGCGUGGCAUCGUGGCGGUCGUUAUGGCGGGUAUCCUUGGCAUCUACGGCCUGAUUGUCGCGGUGAUUAUUAAUAAUAAUAUCAAAACAGUUGAUAAAGGGUAUUCCUCUUUUGCAGGAUAUCUUCACUUUGGUGCCGGUCUCGCAGCCGGCUUGUCUUCGUUGGCUGCUGGUCUCUCUAUUGGUAUUGCUGGUGAUGCAUCAGCGCGGGCGUAUGGCAAACAGGAAAAGAUCUUUGUCGCCAUGAUUUUGAUGCUCAUUUUCGGUGAAGCAUUGGGUUUGUAUGGGCUGAUUAUCGCACUUCUAAUGAACAACACAGCGAACAAGGCAGUUGGCUAUCAGUGUACAUAAAUAAAGCAAUGUUAUGAAAAUUAUAAUUUUAUACACUGCACAUUUUUCAUUAUUGCAGGAGGUUUCUUAGAAAAA